UGACGAGCACCGAUGUAAACAUGACAAUCCGAGAGCGGGGACGACGGUGAGCUAGCGCUAGGCUAACCAACUUUUAUGUUGUCAGUAAGAUCGAUCUACUCUCGGAUUCGUAAUUAACUAACCAACAACAAAAAAGAGCGUCCGGAAGAGUUCACGAAGGUUAUUUGAGUCGGCCUUUUUAUCUGCUCCUCCGGAGUCUAAACGAUGACUACAACCUGACCUAUGGACCACUGCACGCUUGGAGCAAGAUCAUGAAUGACAAAUUAGUCUUCUUGGGCCUGCUGUACUUUGUCCAGGGCAUUCCAUACGGCCUCCAAUCUUCCCUGCUUCCCAUCUACCUGCGUGGUGCUGGCCAUUCCCUGACACGUAUUGGCUUCACCAAGAUCCUCUAUUUCCCAUGGGUUCUCAAGGUGCUUUGGGCCCCUUUGGUAGACAGGAUUGGCACCAAGCGGCGUUGGCUGGUGGCAACGGUCUCUGGACUGGCACUGACAUGUCUCACCAGUUCUGCUCUGGCUCCGGAGAUGCACAUCUGGGGAGUAGCAGGAACCCUGCUCGCCAUGAAUACCCUGGCCUCUGUUCAAGAUAUUGCAGUGGAUGGAGCGGCAGUUGGUCUGUUGAAAGGUCGCGGGGAGCUUGGGCUGGGCAACACAGCUCAGGUUGUGGGCUAUAAAGCUGGAUCGGUGUUCGCUGGAGGCGGACUGCUGGCUGUGAUUGACGUGGCCGGGUGGAGCUGGAUGUUUAUGCUGCUGACGUUCGUGUAUGCAGGCGUGGCCCUGUUUGUGUGGGGGGCUCCUGUGUUGGAUGAGGAUUCUCUGAGGAGCCAACAGGCAGAUGGCAGCAGAAGAGGAGGACAGGGAGUUGAUGCUUUGAUGCCAUGGAGGGUAUGGAGGAAGUUGCUGGCUGUCCCAGGCACCGCUUGGACCGUUCUCUAUGUACUCACAUACAAAUUGGGCGAGCAAGGUGCAGUCACCAUGUUUCCCUUGUUUCUGCUGGAUCACCACAUGAGCGCCAGGGAGCUGGGCUUCUGGAACGGCGUCAUCGCCAUGGGCUUCUCCAUCUGUGGCUCAUCACUGGGAGGCUUACUGCUUGCUCAGUUCAGCAUCGGCGCGCUGAUGCGACGUGUGUUUGUCUUGCGGACCAUCAGCAUGGUCUUCCAGAGCUCCUUACUCACGGUGCUGGAACCAUCGCCACUCAUGAAAGGUAUGGCCGUUUUGAGUAUGAGCGUGCAACACUUCCUGGGUGGUCUGAUCACCACGCUCACUUUCACUACCAUGAUGCAUUGCACCCAAAGGGCUGAGGAGAGCAUUCAGGCGACCCACUACAGUUUCUUGGCAACUCUGGAAGUGUUGGGAAAGCUGAUGUUCAGCGCUUUGGCCGGGGGUGUGGUGGAUUGCUUCGGCUUCCAAGUUGCCUUCCUCUUCUUCCUUACCCUCUCCGCUGGGACAGCAUUGCACGUGUGGACGGCCACUUUUACUGGUGCUCUCAGGGAACACCAACUCAAAGAGCAGCCCAAAUGAAUAUCAAGCUCCAGACUAUAAAAUCUUAGGCUAGAAGUCCACACAUAUACAGGUAUCUUCAAUUAUACCCUCUGCUGCUCUGCCAUAAAAAAGAUGCACGUCCACACACAGUGUGCACACAAAUGCAUUUCCUGCCUGGACUGUAAUACUUUGCAGUUAAGGUAAAAAUAGUGCCACAUGAGUGUGCAAAAAAAGCUCCUUGGUUGCGUACCUGUGUUUGUGUGGAUAUUAAAAGGAGCACGUAAAGUCUUAACAUAACUUUGCUGUGAGCAUCUAAACAACCUUAUACUAAAAAUAAGCUCAAGAGAAUGAUCCUAUAUGAUCAUAUAUUAGGUGUGCUACAAAGCACUAAGAAAUUAGGAUUUCAAUUCCUCUUAAAAAAAAUCUUUACAAUUAAUGAGUUUUAAGUCUUAAAAUUUGUUGUAGUGCGAUAAAAUGGAACAGCAUCCAUUUUGAUGCGUGAUGGGUGGCAUGUAUUCCCACGUUGCUCACUGUGCUGACACUUGAGAUUUAGCACAUUAAAGCUGUUUUUAAUCAUGCCAUCCAUUUGAAUGUUCUUAAUCCAAUAAGAACUUUACACAAAAGCAAUAUCACAAGCUAAUCUUCAGAUGCUUACCGUACGUACAAUGUAUAUGGAGAAAUUUCAUUCUCGUGAAUUCUAUGGUUUACAGAUUGAACUGAGACGCAUGAGUACUACCUCGUAUCAACAACGUAUGGUAGGACGCACAAAAUAUAAACUCUUGCCGCUGUGCUUAAGAUUUAGUCUUAAUAGACGCACAAUAGUAUUAAUCAACAAAGCAGCAACUAUCCAGCAGAGUUUUGUAAAUUGCCGAGAUGAUGUUAAAAAGGAGCAUUGCUUUUAGAAGAGGAGGUUGAGGAAUCAUAAUGGGCCCUCAUAGGUUAGCAGUAGUGCUCUUUAAAUGCUGUAUAAGCUUCCUCCCGUAGCAAAGCUCAGCCUUAUAUGCUGCAUGGUGCCAUUUUGUCUCGGUUUUCCAAUGGGAAGAAAUGAAACGUGAAAAUUAAUUGCAAUAAGCCUGUUCUUUGAAACUUGAAAGAUCAGUGCCACAUACAAUACUACAAUAUUUUGUAUUUGUGAAUACGUUUCAGAAAUAGUGUGCACUGUAAAGUACUGUAUGUCCUAUCACAUAUACUGUUACUCUCCACGACACUGUAUACAAGCAAUCCUGGUCAAGUCAGAUGUUUUCCUCAAUAGAUUCUAAAACAAAUGCAAUUGAAUGUAUAAUAUGAAAGUUAGUCUUGAGUAAAGCCAGCAUUCAUUAAGACAAACACGUGCUUCUAAAAAUCAAAUGUCUACGAAUGAGUAUUAGAUCCACACUGAAAAGAAAUAUACAGAGAAAUUGUCACAAUUACAAGGGAAAACAAUCAUAUGAUGAAAUGUGAAUACAGUCAAAAUCUACAAAAACUACAACUGCAAUGGCCGGGUUUGUUCUUUUAUAAUCCAGAGGCGUUUUUAACAAAUAAGAAAUAAAAUCUACUCAAUAUAUGACAGGGCUGCAAGGUGCUCGAAUGGUUAGCACAUUCGCAUCACAGUUAGUUCUAAGGUUGGGUGUUCGGAUCAGGACUCCCUACACUGUAGAUGUAGUUUUUUUUCAUUGUGGCUCUCAUACUCCAUCGAUGUCACACUUGACAUAUUAAUUACUGGUGUAGUUCAGUUGUCGUCAUCUGACUAAAUCACCUGUGGCAAAGCACAUCUCUUAUCUCAACUACUGUGAGAUUUGCACUAAAAAUAAAGCUGCUGGGUCAAUUGCA